UUGCCAUUAUUGAAACGCCCUGGAAUCUAGCACAAAGACUCUUAAACCUACCACUCCUCAGCUCUACCACGAACUCAAAUAACACACCCCUCGAGCCCCUCUUCCGCCCAAAACGACCCCGCCACGCCACCAUGGUCCUCGAAUACUUCACCAAGCACACCAAUAAGCACAAGCAUGCCGAAAAGGGGGAACACACAGCCCAGACGCCCAUCCUAAACGACGAGGACGAGCUGUUCCUCCAGCGCAUCACGUCCGAAGGCACUCCACCACCCCUGCCUGAGCGACCCGUCGUCAUACUCGACAAUGGCACGAAGCUGCAAGGCAAGGACGCACAGACGGCGCUGAUGGACGGCGCAGAGAAGGUUCCACUUCCCACAUCACCGCCCGUCGAUAGCGAAGGCAAAGAACUCGUUGACGGAGAACAGAAGACGACGAGUGAGGAGAAGAAGAGGAAGUUCUUGUCGUAUUUGCCUGCGAUUCCUGGACGCGGGAAGGGCAAGGCCAAAGAAGCCGCCGCCGCAAACCUCCACGCCAUCGCCGCAUCUUCCAAACCCGGCGCCCCAUCUUUAGCCACCGCCGAAGAACAGAAAGAGCAGCAAGACCUCACUGCCAUCCUCGACGACCUCAACCUCUCCGCCGUGAAUAACCGCGUCUUCAGCUUCUCAAAAGAAUCCCAGGAACUCCUCGAUAAGUUCAAGCUCGUCCUCAAGGAUCUCAUCAAUGGCGUUCCCACCGCGUACGAUGACCUCGAGAAACUGCUCACAGGCUCGGAAGCCCAGCUGAAGAAGCUGUUCGGCGCGCUGCCGCCUUUCCUGCAGGCGCUGGUCAAGAGCCUUCCCGCGAAGAUGACGGCAACGCUGGGUCCAGAGUUCAUGGUCGCAGCGUCUGAGAAGCCUGGCUUCGACGCGAUGAGCGCGAGUGGGAGCAAACCUUCCAGACGGCCGAAGAUCCCAAGUCUGAAAUCCUUGGUCGCGUCUCAGGGCGCCGUGGCAACGAUGUUGAAGAGCAUCCUCAACUUCCUCAAACUACGAUUCCCGGCUUUCGUCACUGGAACGAACGUGCUCAUGUCCCUAGCCGUGUUCCUCCUCCUCUUCGUCUUUUGGUACUGUCACAAGCGCGGCCGCGAAACCCGCCUCGAGCGCGAACGCCUCGACGCCGAGGGCAACCCCGUCGGCGGCGAGUCCGACAUCUCCGACCUCGAGGACAGCACCGUGCUUGAGAAGCCUAGAGACGCGGAUGUGCAGCCGCCGCUGAUCAUCCAUCCUGACAGCGCUGCGCCGGAUAAGCCCAGCGCAACGGUGGCUGAUAUGCCAUCCGUGCUUAACCUACCGGAGCCGGCGGCUGUACCGCUGCCGGCGCCUGAGGGGACGACGCCGUUGAGGGAGGAGCCGAUUGAGGUUAAGAGGUAGAGAUAGUACGGAAGUGACGAAAAGGGGAAGGUGAUGUGACGCGUCACAGAGGUUCUGUUUUCUUGGACUUAAAAUGAUAAUGAUAUCCCUGGUGCGCGGCUCUGGAGUCUCCGGCUGUUCUUAUUUUACUAGUACGGUACGAUCUUUAAUACACGAAGUCACGAUUCGAUUACCAUGCAUUUUUUGAAUUCAAGAUUCCGAACAAGGCGAUGGAUGAGAUGCAAGUAUCAAGCUGUGCGACAAACCGCGUUGAGAGGGAUGAAG